AUGAAAGAGUGUCAAGUCUUCCAAAUCAUCCUCUUGAACGAAAGCGUCAGCAUCUUUGUCCAGUACGAGGAAAAUAGCGGCGGCUCCAUCUUUUCCUUUUCUGGGACGGGCGAGGAGCCUCGGUACGUCAUUCAGGACAUCAAGGCGAACCCGUUUCUGGAUCCUCGGUAUGCUGGAUCCAAGCUGCUCGGCACCAUGAGCAAGGACGACAUUGACGAGGCGUGGAGACUGUGCCAAGCGUACGUCGAGGACAAGGAGAACAAGAAGAAGCACGAGGAGAUUACGGACUGGUGCGUGGCGGCGGCGGCGAUGCUCGACAAGGAGGGCUUGGUUGGGGCCAAGGAAUGGUGGACUUUGCCCACGAUCAAGAAAAUGGAUCCCUAG